AGAAUGCCGACCGUGAUUGGCAAAAGUGCGAUCUCGCGUGCAUGGAUGGAGACCGAGAGCAAGCGCAAAGGAGGUCUCUGACGACGGGGGCGAAAUUCACGACAGCAGCGACGGAGGCGAACAUCGAGAGAACGGAGGAUUGAGGGGGCAGGAGAGGGAGGGAGGGCGGCCAAUUCUGGCGCCGCGGGGACGAUGACAGCGGAGGGCGGAGACAUGCGCGAUCGUGGCGGGAUGAGCCGGCCACGAAUGUCGCCAGUCAAAGACGGGGUCGCGCGAGCCCAUGGAUUGCUCAGGAGUUCAAAUCAUUUCGGGCCCGGGGCGGGGCUGGCUCGCUGUGACACAUGAUCCGAGCUCGUUCGCGCGGAGUGCGAGCACAUGCUAUGCCUUCCGCCGGGGCUGGAAUCGCUCGCGGGCGCAGAAAUCCGCACGAGCUCGAUUUCCCGACGCACCUACCUCUCGGAGGGCCGCGCGAGGUCACGUGCUCGCUCACGCCAUGGCGCAGCGCCCCAUCGAACCCCACAGUGGCCCCGCUCCGCAUCAAACCGCUCACGAACCCCGACGCACUCCGACUCGCACUCACUCCCUGCCUCCCUGCCUCCCUGCCUCCCUGCAUCCCAUGCCACGAGAGCUCGUAACACCGCGAGAGCGAGAAACGAUGAAGAAGCGACGAGCCUUAUGAGCGAAGGCUGAUCGAAUCGAAUCGGCUCGGUUCUCGCCUGCCAGAGGCGCGCACGAGCGGGGCCUACCGAGCGAGUGUGUGUGCGUCUGGCUGGUCGUCUCUCCGUUGUGCCAGAUUGACGACCGGCAUGCAUCUCGACCCUUCCCAUUCGAGUGAUCGAGAGAGCGAGCGAGCGACGCAGAGAGAGAGAGAGAGAGAGAGAGAGAGAGAGAGAGAGAGAGAGAGAGAGAGAGAGAGAGAGAGAGAGAGAGAGAUUAGUUGUAGUCUAGCGUAGUUUGAAACUGUCAGUUGUUCGGAUCGAAUCUUCCGAUCUGCUCCCCACCCCCACGCUGGGGGUUAAUUGGCCGAUUAGUCGUGACAAGCGAGAGAGCAAUUUGGCGAAUUCAUGAAAUUGACGACCCGACAGGACUCGGGCCCGGACGCCAGGCGGAAGCGAUUCCUCGCUUCUGACCUCGCUGCACCGCCCAUGAGGGGAUCCAUGGCAGCUGGAGAAUGUAGGAUCAGGACGAGGACGAGGACCGAGCUCUUGGCGACGUGGUGGCUGCUGUGGGUAGUGGUUCAGGCCGCAGGUUGGAUAGCGCAGGGCGUGGAGGGAUGCUCUAUGCUCGAGAGGCAGGCACUCAUAGACCUCAAGGCUCUGGUCCCGUCCGCGUACGUGGGUCUGUUCCAAUCGUGGCAGCUCGACUCGGACUGCUGCGCGCAGAACUGGGAUUUCGUCAAGUGCGGCCCUGGGAACUCCGUCACCGUCCUCCGGCUGCCGCCGAAUUUGGGGCUCAGACUUCCCUCGAUACCAGCCUCCUUCGGGAACCUGACCAGCUUGGAAAGCCUGUCGCUGGUGGGCAAUUUCAUCUCGUCCGUGCCCGAUUCUCUGGUCGGCCUCGCGAACCUCUCGUCCGUGUCGCUGUCACGGAACCAGAUCCAGGUGUUCCCGCAGGUGUUCCUCGAGCUGACCAACUUGAGGCGCCUGGACCUCUCGUUCAACAGGCUAUGGAAUUUCACCGCCCCCUCGAGCCCAUGCCGGCUCGAGGCGCUGCUGAUGUCGUCGAAUUUCAUCAGCAGCAUCCCGGCGUCGUUCGACGGAUGGAACAAGCUCAUCGAGCUCGACCUGUCGCGCAACUACAUCACGUGGAUUCCGGACUCCGUGACCAAAUUGCCCAACCUCAAGACCCUCCUGCUGGACUACAACUCGCUGCAGACAUUGCCAUUCUCCGUGGGCAAGAUGACGAGCCUCGUGAAGCUCACCGUGUCGUCCAACAACAUCUCGGCCCUGCCGACGUCGGCCGGAGGCCUCAGCAGCCUCGCGGCUCUGAACCUGCGCGACAAUGCUCUGCACACAUUCCCCGAGAUGCUGCUGAACCUCUCGCAGCUGAGCAGACUGGACGUGUCCCACAAUCAGAUUGACUCUCUGCCGGCGUCGUCGUGGGACACGGUGGCGCCGUCGCUGAGGAUGCUGCUACUGUCGUGGAAUUCGCUCUCGGCGCUGCCCGACGCCUUCGGCGUCCUGCACUUGACGGAUCUGUACCUCGACAACAACCAAUUCCAGGUCUUCCCGUCGAAUUUGCCCCCAGUGCGGCACCUGGACCUAUCCUCAAACCAACUCGUCGACGCGAAUUCGGAGACGCGACCGACUCUGGGCUGCGAGUCCCUCAACCUCGCGGACAAUCAGUUCAGCAGAAUUCCCGUUAAUCUCAUUCAGGACGAGCCCGAAUUGCAGAGCUUGGACGUGUCGUGGAAUCGAAUCACGGACUUCGACCCGACGCUGGGACUCAUCAACAGCACGCGAUUCCGGGAGCUCAUUCUGUCCAACAACUUGCUGCAGGGCAGCGUUCCCCCGUCCUGGAGCCAUCUGAACGACGUGGGCGACGUUGGCCUGGACACCAUCAUCCUCGACAACAAUGCCGGGCUGCGCGUCAGCGUGCUCGACGACAUCGCUAACAUUCUGCCGGACACGAGGGUCAUCUCCUUCGAGAGCUGCAAUCUGACGGGAGAAAUCCCGCCGGGCAUCUCCAAGCUCGCGAAGCUCGAGAUGCUGUACCUGGGGAACAACCUGCUGACGGGCGCCAUCCCGGCGGUCUUCGCCGGCUCGUUCCCUCUGCUCAGCGAGCUCAACCUGUCGCGGAACCAUCUCACGGGCUCCAUCCCCAGCAUCGCCUUCAACGACACGACCGUCGGCGUCAGCGUUCUCGAUCUCUCCUACAACAGCCUCUCGUCCGCGCUGCCCUCGACGGUGGCCGACAUCACGCUGCUGUCGCACAACAAUCUCUAUGGCGGCAUUCCAUGGUCGUGGGAGCCAUUGCAAAUCAGAGCUCUGGAUCUAUCCUACAACUCCCUCAGCGGGACGAUCCCGGGAUUCUUCGGGUCCAUGGCCACUCUCCGCUACCUCUCCUUGGCGUACAAUUACUUCAGCGGUGUGCUCCCGCCAGAGCUCGGAAACUGUCCGUCCCUGGAGCACCUGGCGCUGACGAACAACAAGCUCGAGGGCCAGAUUCCGCCCUCGUUCGGCCAGAAUUUCGGGCUCAGCCUGCGGACGCUGUCACUGUCGAACAAUCGGUUCUGGGGCCCCAUUCCGGACUCGAUCGGAAACUGCUCGUCGCUGCAGGUGCUGGAUCUGUCAAGGAAUUAUCUGAAUGGGAGCCUGCCAUCGAGCCUGGACCUGGACAGCCUCGCGGACUCGCUGAUCGUUCUCACGGUGGCGCACAACAGCCUGUCCGGGGAAUUUCCGCUCUGGGUCACCAUCCUGCGCUCGCUCAAGGUGCUCGAUUUGUCGUACAAUUACUUCUGGGGCUACAUUCCGCCGGAGCUCGGGAACCUCGACGGGCUCGUCCAGCCGAGCGGCGCGAGCGCGCCCAUGUCGCGGGACCGGCUGUACGAGAUGGCAGCUGUGCAGCUGACGGACGGCAAGGCGCGAGAUCUCUCGCUGGGGAACGCGCUGGCGUUCGUGACGGCGACCAUCGACCUCAGCUCGAACCACUUCAUGGGCGGCAUCCCCCCGCAGGUCGGCGACCUGACGGGCCUCGUGUUCCUGGGCGUGGCGAAGAAUCUGCUGAACGGGACCAUCCCGCCGAGCAUCGGCAACCUGACGCAGCUCCAGGGCCUGGACCUCUCGCUGAACGAGCUCUCAGGCCAGAUCCCGAGCGAGCUCUCGGCCCUGACGGCGCUCACCUUCUUCAAUGUGUCGAACAAUGUGCUCUCGGGCCGGCUGCCCACAGGGGCGCAGUUCAGCUCGCUCCCGCCGACCUCGUUUCUCAACAACCCGGCGCUCUGCGGCGCCCCGCUCGCGCCUUGCAAGCCCGUGACGACGCCAGUGGCGCCGCCGCUCCUCGGAGGCCGGUGCGAUGGGUGGCGGUGUCACCAGAUUCUGCUGGUGUGCCUGGCGGUGGCGGGGGUCGUGUUCGCGAUGCUGGUGGCCGGGGCGAUGAUCUGCUUCUGCGUGGGGCGCAAGGCGCCGGUGGUGAUCUUCGGGUGCGAUCUGGAGGAGCGGCUGAUGAUCACGGCGAAGGAGCUGGAGGCGGCGACGUCGGACGAGCGGAACAUCGUCGGGCGUGGAUCCGGGAGCACGGUGUACCGAGUGCGCGUGCCCGAGGGCAAGGUGACGGUGGUGGCGGCCAAGAAGCUGGAGAUGGGGCUGGACGAGCGCAACGACAAGAAGGGGCAGUGGCGCAUGAUCCGAGAGAUGGAGGCGCUGGGGUCGCUGCGCCAUCGGAACCUGGUGCGCAUCAUGGGCGUGUGCUACUCGAGCAUGAAGUGCCUGCUCGUCGAGUACGUGUCGAAUGGCAGCCUGCACGACCAUCUGCACGAGGUGGAGAACGGCAAGUGCGAAAUGCCGCUCGAGGCGCGGCUCAAAAUUACCACGGGCGUGGCGGACGCGCUGGCCUUCUUGCACCACGAGUUCGAGACCCCGAUCCUGCACCUCGACAUCAAGCCCAGCAACAUCCUCCUGGACGACGACUUCAACCCCAAAGUCACCGACUUCAGCAUCGCCAAAUUCGUCAACCCCCGCAGCAAUGCCGAGUACGGCGAGUCCACCGCCCUCUCCGUCGUCGGCACCGCCGGCUACAUGGCCCCAGAAUAUGGGACGCUGUCCAGGGUGUCGACGAAGGGCGACGUGUACAGCUUCGGAGUGGUGCUGCUGGAGUUGUUCACGGGCAAGUCGCCGACGGACAGCUCGUUCGACGAGGACAAGACUUUGCGGAAGUGGGUGAUGAACGCGUGCACUUCGCCGGACUGCGACGACAUUCUGGACGUGAUCGACCAUUUCCUGCUGAAUCAGAAGGCGUGCUCCAAAGAGCACCCGGUGAAAUCUAACAGCAGUCCAGGAUUUCCGUCGUCCGGUACUCCGAGCCCCACGAACCCGUUCCCUCACUCGGGCCAACCGAGUCCCACGACGAAGAAGGUGCGCUUCGGCGAGGAGAAUCAGAUGAAGCAGGUGCAGUUGGUCCUGGAAGUGGCCCUCCUCUGCACGCACGACGACCCCGACAAGCGACCCACCAUGGAGCAAGUCCGCGACAGGCUUCACCACAUCAGAGAGAACCAUGGCGUCGAGCGUGCGUGGCCCUCGAUCGACCAGUUCAGCAAGUGCAAAACCAACAACGUCGUGACCUUCCACGGCCACUCCGAUUCAGAUUCUAGCUUCUGAACAACCAGGUUGCGCUAAUUUGUCGAGCUGAGCCUAGCGAAAGGAAGGAGGGGAGGGAAGGGGGUCACUAAUAGGCAUGAUGACAUCAACUCUUUCGGCCAAGGAGUUCGAAGAGGGACCAGUAGAACUCCGACUGGGGGACCGUGCACCAUCGAGUUCUGAACGGGGCUUUGGUUAUCGCGGUGUCCAACUUAAACUCGAGGUUGCUCUCUAAGCAUUCGGUCAACCAAUCAAACCAAUCCAAUCCAAUCCAGUCCAGCCCAACCAAUCGGUCGGUCGAUCGGUCGAUCGGUCGGUCAGUCGAUGGAUGGAUCGGUCGAUCAGGGUCAUGUUGCGGAUGCACGACUGUGUGGUCUCGUCUAAGCUCGUCUCGUCAUUGCGGCAGCUCCGAAUCGAUCAUUUUCUUUGCGUGAAGGACGUGUUUGAGGGAGUUAUAGUGAGUCGGUCAUUCCACCAACCAACGGAUAGUUCGCUCGGUCCAUGACCACGACCGUGAUGGAAGAUGGAUGGCCGAUCUAGAGACAAUUGCGAUGAUCCAGAUGCACACGAUUGCCGUGAGAUCAUGAAGGACAUUCAUUCAUUCAUUCAUUUACGGGAGGACACAACUUCCGACCAUCGUCUGCUGGCAAUUUCGAUCGAUGAUAGAAAUUCAUGUUUGCCAGCGGAAGUAGGGAAACGAACAGUCAGUAGUAGCUUAUUAUUCAUGCUAUCAUGAUGCUUCAAGCUUUGUCGUGGUGGAAAUAAGGCAGCAGAGGAGCGAAGGUUGAAUUCGUGCUAUGGCCUCGUGCAGUUGAGGUUUUCAAACCAGUAGUAUACACACUCAGUCGCACAUGUAGCUAGCAAUUCAUCGACUUUGGCGCUUUUUCUCACAUUUUCAUGGAGUAAAUGCCGAAUUAUCGGAAACUCAGGAAAGAAACUCUUUGCCACAGUGAUAAGGACUACGACCAUCAUCUCCAUCUGAAAUAUGAAACAAUUUUCAGUCCUUGUACUGAAACUGUCUGCAGUGGAUCCGUCCAUCGAAGAACUAGUCGGAGCCACCUUCUGCUGGAUUCUUUCUCUCAGUCCUCGAUUGCUUCAUUUUCAUAGCCAUAACCCAAUCACACACCUCCGAGCUUCCUUCAUUGAACACAGUCCAUGGUACUAGACGUCUGACAAGCUUGCAGCCACCUCUUACUAUAGCCCGCUGCUCAGAAUUAGCAGACAGCAGGAAAAAACAGAACUCCAGUGCUCGGCGGAAAGGGGACGACAGAGCGAGCACUAGAGCUUUAGUCAUGAACAUGUAUAACACAUCUCAAUUAGGACAUUAGGCAAGGAGAAGAUGAUAAGGCCCCUGAGGAUGAGAUUCGUGCGCUUUAAAUGCAAUUUCUGACAUUCGAAGAAAUCAAGGAGAAUAUCAUGAGCGCUCAGUCUGUGGGCACCAGUAAUCAGUCGUGACAACACUCGAGAGAUGUAACAUGUAGCUUGUGCUGGCAUGAAUGAAUGAGGGUCAGCCUUUGGAAAGACAGUCAAAUUUUAAAAAUGCGCAUUCUGAAUUCUCGAGCCAAAAACGCUACCAGCGACGAUGCGGCCAACUGAAGGGUUGCGAUCAUUGCUCUGCUUCCGGACUGAAGCGAAUUCGAUAACCCCGAAGAGUCGACCACGUCCCAUUGAAGAGCACCCCACAAAGCCACGACUCCAGGACGAGCGCCUGAAGUCUGCCAUCCAUGGAAGAAAGCUGAGGCCACCCGAAAUAUGGAGAUCCUAGAAGCUCGGAGGGGAUCGAGGAUCGAUCGAGAACACUUAUAUGGAAAGCA